AUGAGAUCGCUCGUCGUCUGUCUGCUUCUGGCCGCCUGCGCCCUCGAAUGCACCGCCUAUCUCCAGAACAUCACCGUCAAGGGAGUCGCCGUGUGCAACAAGAAGCGUCUCGCAAACGUCCAGGUCGAGCUCUACGAGAAGGACACCCGUGAGUGACGCAAGCUUCCAGCGAAGCAAAACCAAUUGAACUACUGUUUUCAGUCGACCCGGAUGAUCUUCUGGCCACCAAGAACACCGACGCCGAGGGAGAGUUUCAGGUGUACGGAGAGGAAGACGAGACCCACAAAAUCGCCCCGUACCUCUUGGUCACCCACAACUGCAACCCCUCAAAGCCGGUAAGCAACACUUUAUCGUAGUAGACUGAGAGCCCUCAAAUGAGCAUAAUCGCUUUGGCCUCGAGUAUUGUGUAACUUGCAGAAUUGCGUGCGCAUCGGAAAGUACCUGGUGCCGGAUGACAAGAUCGGAGGAACCUACGACAUGACCUACGUGACCCUCGACAUCAAGGUGCACGGAGAGAAGGAGAAGUGCAAGUAG